AUAGAGUCGGUAAAAAUUCUUGUUAUAUAGGCUUAAGCAAACUCUAUGACGUGAUGGUAUAAUUUAUUCAAUUCAAGUUAAUAAAUCACACGAUGUUGAUCUUAUUUUUCAAACUUUUGAAGACUGAUCUGAAUGAACAUAAGGUAAUACAUAGAUAUUUCAACAUUAUAUAUAAUUGAUUUAACAAACGUUUACGGGUAAUGAAAGUUCGAUUUAAUGAGGUAAAACUAUUAAAGAUACGAACAAUAUCUGAAAUAGACUUAACAUGUCGGGCAGUCUGGAUGACAACUAUCACACACCGGAAGAGACUCUGUUGGAGGCGGCGUCAGGCAGCGACAUCCCCAUUAUAGUCCGCAUCAAUGAGACGUAUCAAAACGAGGACUAUGACGACUCCGGUUGGUUUGAGGACGGCCUAGAGAUAUUGGUCGAAGGGGUUCGCUCGAUCGCGUACGCCCGAAUACGGGUUUUAGAUGUACAUAACGAAAAAGAAGCGCAAAAGGCGCACUAUGACGACUUCGUGGCGGAGAGGCAAAUGUUCUUGGACCAGGUGUACCUUAUGCCUAUGAACGUCCCUUUGACAUUGAAGCUUGUCACCAGACCAGGAAAAUCAACAAAGUAUACUUCAAUCGCUCAGGUAAUAGAAGAUAUGCCGACAAAACUUCUGGUCCACCAAGAUGUGAUUUCGAUCCCGCCCGGCGGCGGUCAGAACACUUUGGUUCCGGCUAACACGGUACUCACAGUUAAGCGCGUGUUUACGUGCUCUAUCGACACGGCGCAAUAUCUCCAGUGCUCGUUCCAGUCCCAGCACGUGUCAUUCAAGGACACGUUACGCGUGCAGUUCAGCGCCAUCGGCGACGACACUCUUUACACAAUGCGCUACUUGCAGAUGGCCAACGUGUUUCCCACAGUGUUCGAGUUUCAGCAUCCCAAACCGGACGACGUUGUGCACUACGUAAACUACGAGGCCAAUGCUGCGCUCACAAUUGCGGAAGGCCCGCUGGAGCUGCUGGGUACAGAACACCUAAACGUUGUCAUCGCCUGGAAACGCCAACACGAAGCAAAAUCGUACAGUACGUUGGCCAUACCGGAGUCUCGCGCAAAGACGCUGAUGGUUCAGACACGUCAUUUUGAUGAUAAAUUUAUUAAGAACAACUAUAUUCAAAGAAAGUUUACGGCUUGUACACAUCUGGAUUUUGUCUCCGACAAGUUGUAUUUAAUACCACAGGAUCCACCGAACGCUGUGUGUCUGAAAAGUCCAAAUCUUUUCUUCUACGACCCAAAAGCAUGUCGACUCCGCGUGGCAAAAGACGGCAUUACAUUCAAUCCCUCCACGGAUGAAGAAUCGUACGACAGCGACUACACGGAAAUAGCGCCCCCUAUACCAGAACGAAUUCCAAUCACCUGUCCUCAGGCCUCGGAGAUCUCUAAGAAGAAAAUCGGCCUGUUUCACAACGUUCACAUGGAAAUCAAGAGCUUGUUUAAGAAACGUUUUAAAAGUCUUCGUCGCAAAAGACGAGGAGAACAAAUGCGAGAACCAGGCGGGUAUCUUAGCAAUCCCAUGUACAGGCGUUCAAAAUCUAUGCCAGACAAUCGACUUGACGACUCAGACAACAACGCAACCGGAAACGAAAGACGAAAAAAAUACAGUACCAUGGGGUAUCGAAGACCCCCGGCCCCACCCCCAGAGAGCGCUGACUCCCAGAAAAUCACGAUAUCUACAAAAAGCGUUUUAUCAACAUCGAGUAUAUCCAACUCAAAGUCUCCAACUCAGCCAUGCUCUACACCAACAACAAGCACUCCAUCUACACUGGGCUCUCUGGCUUCGACGCGCAGAGAAAUGCGCCCCCUGCCGGAAAUAGUUUCCACUCACAGCGACGAGGAUUCAGAUGAGUAUAUAAUGCCAUGUCCCUCGGUACCUCCGCGACAUUGCCUAUCAGCUCCCAGUAGCCCUGCGCCACAUAGGCCGGCGCCGCCGAUUCCAAGAGACAAUAGCCAUGGUGAUCAUAUGAUUGUUUCGAGUGACCAUGCUAGCACCGAAACACUUUUGGCCUAUGAUCAAUCCGAACACGCCCGUGAGAAACCAGGGUAUGCGACGAUAUCUCAGAAAGACAUGCAAAGUAUUCUGGGCCACGGAAGAACGUGUAAAGACUUUAACAACUUGUCCGUUAUUGAACUAUACCACCUUUUAAUACACUGCAACCUUCAGGACAUCGCUAACAUUUGCUACGAGCAACUUUUUGAUGGGAAGUUCUUCGCAAACGUAGAUGUUCAGGAGCUCCUUCAAGAUCAACCGUUCAGUGCCUCAAACAUUCAGAUACUAAAGUUUAAAAAGCUCCAGGAUGGAUGGCGUCCUAGUACUUACACUUAGUGCGCGUCGUAAAGUUACGCUAUCCAUAAAUUGAUAAACGCCUUAAAAGGCAAUAUAGCAUAACUGAAAUAAAUGGAUAAAUAUUUAAAUAAUAUAAAUCAUAUUGUUUGAUUCCCAUUAUAAUAAUAGUGCAAUUCAAUUUCAACUCAAUAAUCUACAAUAAUGGCGAAGUAGAAAUUGUUACAUCUGUUCGUAUACUUGCGGGUCUUUUUAAUUAUGCUGUUUAGGACGAUUUGCAGUCCCAUUUGCAUGAGGCUUGCCUUAUAAAUGCACAAUUGUUGUAUGUUAUAAAUACAGAAAUAAUGCGUUGAAUAAGUUUCCUUAUAUGCUGUAUAUUUGCAAACAUUACAUCGUCUUAAACAAUAUGUAAAAUGUUCUUAUUCUGACAAUAUGUAAGGACAAUGCAUCAUUGUUUACAACUGACAUUGAAGAUAAAUAUACUGAGUAGUGAGAUGAGAUAUGCUAUGUAAAAAAAGACAAAAUUAAUUAAGUGUGUGCCGUCACGAUUAACAUUUAUCGGUAUAUCCGCGCAUGCACGGGAAGUGAAUUUAAGGAACAGCAAUUUGGGAUAAUUUAAAUUUACUUGCCUUGGUGUUCUUGGCACAAAAUACGUCAUUGUAUUCAAUUGUUUAAACAAACUGUAUUAAGUCAGAAAAUUUAAUAUUAAUGCACGCUUCAUAAGGUGAAAUAUACAUUAAUUUAGAUUAAUAUUAGUAUCAAUAAUUAUAAAAGUUGAUCAUCAUUAAAAACAGUGGUGUUAAAUCUUUCAAACCGUCAUAUACGUUCAUUCUUUUAAUUUUUUGCAAUUUUUGAAAUACAUUUAAUUUUGACGACAUAUACGUUUCACGUUUUAUUUAAUUUGCAAGUGCACUCUGUUUAGAAGUAUUGAUCUGAUCAUCAAAAUAAUUAUUGUAAUGAACGGGUUGUUUUUUUCAUGAAAACUGUUGUCCACUAGACUCCCGACGGGUUCACGAAAGCGAAUUCCGCUAAAUCGGGAUUUUUCUAUCACUCUUCGCAACGAUCCGGGACCAUUCGGUGUCUGAUUUUAACGCUUCUGCAGCCUUCUGGAUUGUGCCUGUUAAGAAUUAAAAGUUGUUCAAUUUGGACGCCGAAUGUUCUGGCCCAUCGCAUUUGAAUCGGCAUCGUACAGAAAACUGCAAUGUUUCUGUUUGCUUUAUCAGCCCCGAGCGGAUCCUGCAUGAUGAGGAAUGAAUCCAGAAAACUCUAAAAAGAUGAUUGGUGUUAACCGCAACGUAUUGUACAAGAAUCUGCAAAUACAUGCCCACAUUUAUCUGCAAGUACAUGGACAAAGUAGCAUGUUGUUAUCGGCAACCCAUCGGGGCUGGAGUGGACAACAACCUAUUAAUUAAUAAUGGAAUAAGGGAUACCACAAAGUUAAUGUCAUAAUCACCCUGGUGUAAAAUAACCAUUUUCGGUAAAAUUUAACUUUCGAAGCAUUUUUGUUGUACUGUUCUGUACGUGGAGUUCCAAUAAUAAGAUUACAAUAGUGU